AUGCCUCCACGACGGCGUGUUCAGUACACGCAGGACUCCAUUGACCAACAGCUACAGCAAAUACACCUCCUCGACCAAUCCUCUUCCUCCGAGAACCUAGAACAACUCGGCCCAAUUAUCAAACAGAUCCAUGUCAACAGGCAACAAGAGGCGUUCCUCCGCACACUUCAAGGACUUGUAGAAUCCAAGGAUGCAGACAUCGAGAAGAUAUGUGCGGAUAACUAUCAGGAUUUUGUGAACUCUGUCUCGACCCUGUUCACAAUCAAGUCGUAUACCACGAACUUACGCGACAAGAUUUCUACGCUUGACUCUAGCGUCACACAAGUUGGACGAGGUCUUGUGGAGAAGAAGAAAUCAUUGCUACAGACGAAGAAGACAGCUGCAAACUUGGACGAGGCGAUUGACAACUUGCAGGCAUGUCUUAAAGUGCUCGAUGUUGUCAACCGCGUUGGUGAGAUGAUCAAGGAGGGUCAAUAUUGGAGCGCGUUGCGAUCGUUGGAGGAAAUACAUACAAUGCCACCCGCAUCGUUAUCCCAAACUCCUCUCUUCCAGCACCUCAUGUCUUCUCUGCCCUCCCUACGUGCCCAAAUAAAGGAUGCAGUCACUGCGUCUACGAAGCAGUGGCUACUCAUGAUCAGAAACAGCAGCGGCCAAGUCGGUAAACUGGCCAUCGAAGCGAUGGAGCUUCGCACGCGCAAGUGGCGCAUUCGACGCGAGAAGGACGCUUCGCUUAAACAUAGUAGAGUCGGCAGCGCGGUGGAAGCUGUCAGUAAUGAGAAGGUCGAAUAUAACGUACUAGAUAAUGACCGGUUGAAAGUUGACUUCAAGCCAUUAUACCAAUGUAUACAUAUUUAUACUGCUCUCGACUCGCUCGAGGAACUACAGAAGUCGUAUCAAGCGGACAGAAAAGCGCAAUCAGACUUAAUUCUACCUUCACCGUUGAACCUCGCGUCUUUGCCAUCCCUCACGCAGGAAAUUACAGGUUUCUUCAUCAUCGAACGUGAAGUCCUACGAACUACUCGGUCUUUCCGCAGCGAACGGGACGUAGACGAGCUAUGGGUUGCACUUGUUGGGAGGCUUUCACAGAUCGUUGAGCACAGCUUGAACAGCGAAACGGACCCCGAAUUAUUCUUACUGGUCAAAGAGAGUUUACUGGCGUUUAUCAUGACCCUGGAGAGCUAUGGAUAUUCAGCAACGCAAUUACAAGCUUUCAUUCUCGUGCUAUUCGAGAAGUACACAACGCUUCUUGAGAACCAAUUCAAAGGUCGCUUUGAAGGGGACGUUCAACAUGAUGAUCACAUGCCUAUGCGCGUCAGCGAUGCAGGGAACAGGACCGUCGCAUUGAAGGACGUUUGGCUAGCGAGACGAGAAUACAAUGAAUUAGCCAGUGCACCCCUUCCAUUAACACUGCCAUGGUCGCAGAGCUUCCCACAAAGUUGCGAAGACAUUCGCAACUUCGUCAAGCGCUUCUAUCUUUUCAUGGAUGGCGUCUCUCAGCACCACAGAAAUAUUGAUGAGCUGUUGGGCAAGUCAUUGGACAGACUCUUAGUGAACCACGUCAGCCAACCAAUUCGAACCCGUCUAUCAACAACAAACACCCUCUCCCAAAUCGCGCAAAUCAUCGCAAACCUCGAGCACUUCGAAAUCGCAUGCGGGGAGCUCGAAAAAUCACUUACAAGUCUCCGCUCUGCCCAACGUGGAGGUACCAUCCGAAUCACUGCUGCAUCCUCCUUCGCAGAGACCAUCACACACGCAACGAAGCGGAUCUCGUCUGUGAUUGCUUCGAAGUUGGAUGAUUUCUUUGGGUUGGCAGAUUAUGAUUGGACGCCACGCGCAAGGGAGGAUGCGCCGAGUAUGUAUUUGUACGAGCUUGCACAUUGGCUUGCGACUGUUGUGGAUUCGUUGGUGGUGCAGGAUGCGUACAAAGAUGAGGCGUAUCAGGCGGCGGUGCGGUAUAUUGCAGACUGUCUAAUGGAAUUCAUUACGGGCCCGAAUGUCCCAAUGCUGAACGAAAAUGCGCUCUCAAACAUCUCAGUAGAUGUUGACUUCCUCGAGGCUGAAUUCAAACGUAUUGGCCGCGAACAUCUCAAUACUGCAUUUGCGGAAUUGCGCCUGAUGACAUCCAUCCCGCUCUCCGACAAAGUUCAAGAAUACCUCGUUCCAAGCAUCAGACAAUCAUCAUACGCAGUCAUCAAACCAAAACGACUUGCAGCUCUACUUGAAAAGCUUGCCAAAUUCGGCGCCUCGAGCCGAGAAGCUGCACAAAGAGAGACAGGAGAGAAACGACGAAAGGAGGCUGAAGCUGUCGGUAGGAUCUUUCCAGGUGAAGGCAAGCACUGA